AUGGAACAGGAUUCAGCAAAAUUUAAUGUAGGUUAUGGAAAGUGUAUAAAUUGCAGUACUGAACAAAGCAGUGUGAGAUGGUGUAACGUUUGUGAUGUAAAGGUACUUAAAGAAAAUUUUGGAAACUGGACAAGUGGUAACCCUAUUAUUGACAAUUUUAUUAAAUUUAACCAAUUAAGCGAAACCGGGAAUGUAGAAUAUCUCGAAUAUAUUGAUUUUGAACAAUUUGAUUUUGUAGAAAAUACUAACAAAGGAGGUGCAUUUAGCACAAUUUCUUUGGAAGGUUCUUCGAUGGAUUUGGGAUAA